AUGAUUCACGGAUUUGUGGUCUGUAAGAAGUCAUGGUUGGCAAUUUAUCAAGUUAGCGACAGACGUUUCAGCAGAUUGGUCCAGCUGGAACUUUAUGGCUGUUGCACUAUUGGUAGCCAAACAAAAAGGAUGAGGAAGACAACCACCUACAUCUCCAAGGCCUGGAUGGAAUCUUCUUUCAUGAAGAUGGGUGAUAAAAUGCCAGAUAGUGUUAAGAUUCAUUUGCCAUGUUAUCUGAAUUAUAGAGCAUUGCACCAAUUCCUGAUAGAUGAUUUGAAAGCAGCUGGAGAUGAUCCAGUUUGCUAUUCUCAGUUCUGCAAAAUGAUGCUAACAGACUUCAAACAUGUUUCAAUCCCAAAGGUAAAUGCAAGUCAAGAGAAGUACUAAUCAUUAUUAGGUGUACAAGUGAGAGAAUACUAAUGAUCCUGGCUUACCUCGCAAAAAUAUUGCGAACUUUGUUCCAAAGUUUGAAAAUUCAUUGUAAAGUUUAAAUGAAAGUGAUAAAAUUGUUAGUAACUUUUGAGAUUUGCAAAGAGGUGGCGACCUUUAGAACAAUAUUUGGAACAUUUUUGUAAAAAGGUUUGUAAAAUCAUUAAGCUUGACAACUUUAUUUAAUUUCAACUUUGCAGGUUACUAGAUUAACCAAAUGUGAUAUUUGUGUCACACUGAAAGAAGAAAAGGUGAAAGCAAUGGAUAAAUUGGCUAGAAGCUAUUAUGAUACACUAUACUCACAGCGUAAUGAUCUUCAAAGGUUUAACAAUGGACCAUUUGCAUUAUAGACUACAUUUUGAUCUAAACAAGUCAGGACAAAAACUUCAUCGCAGCUUGAAAGAGCAUCACAAAAUUAGUAAUACUCCAAAGAUUCGUUGCCCAGUACCCUUUGGGGCUGUCAAUUUCCUGACUUUUUAUACAGUCACUUGAACUAUGCAAUAUCUAGUUCUAAAGAAUUAUACAAUAUACAGCUACUAGUAACAGUUACAACUGCGAGUUCCUGUUAUUGUAGCAUAUGAACGUACUGUACUAACAAUAUUUGUCAGUUUUAUAAUCCCCCAACUAAUAAUAAGUAUAUAUUCUAUUUUAGGGCUGAACGGGAGAAGUAUUACAAACACCGGAACAAAGCAAAAGAUACGCCAGGUAAUAAAUACACGGUUCGUACAAGACUUGAAAGUCCUUGAAUGUCCUUUGGAAUUUGAAAUAAAAAAUUCAAGGCCUUGAAUGUCCUUGAAUUUGUAAAGAAGUACUUGAAUGUCCUUCAAUUGUCUUGCUUUAGUUUUUGGAUGUAUUCUGAAAUUGUUUGACAUUCAAAACGGACAUUUUGUUAAAAUUGAUUUUGCAUGCUCAUGUCUGACAAAGGUGUUUGGAACUCAUUAAAUUUGUUUUGAACAAUUGAACGUCACAUUUUACUUAUUUCAAACCCCUUUUCUUCGGUGUUUAGUCCUUGAAUUUGCUGAUACAUGGCCUUGAAUGUCUUUAAAAAGUCUUUGAAAUUGACUGUUCCUCGCAUGUACGAACCCUGUAAAUAGUAAUUUUUAUCAUCCUGUUGUAUGUGGGCUUACUACUCCAUGCUAGCCCUGUGGCCAUGUCAAUCUGCCCAAACUAGUAAUCAUAUUUUUAUACUAUAACAGACCUGUUACGGUAAUCUUCCUAAUCACGCUACCAAGAGGAACAUUUACUGCCCAUCAUGUGAUUUAAUUCCCACGCGCAAGUAUUAUGCAACACCGUGCAGUUGUGUGACAGUGUACAAUUUAACUUGGUUUGAGCAGUUUCGGUUUUCACAGUAAGAUAAGAUUUUCCCAUUGAUUUGCAAAUAUAUUGCAGUUUGAAGUGUCCAAACCUAUUUUACUGUACUGCGCAAUAGGUUACUAACAUAUACACUGUAGCAGACUCAAAAACUUGUUGUCGCUCAAGAUUGAAUGUACCCUGGGUGCCAGAGCCUCUUGUGAUAGAAGUGAGGACACAACGAGGAGGCUCUGGUCCACUGCUCUGGUCACACGAGCAUCCAGCCUCACUUUGGUGAGUUCAAUAUUUUUAGACUCUGUUUGUGAUUGGUCUAAAUUUAUGCGAGUCUUUUCAUUGGUUAACCAAUGCUCAUCGGUUAACCAAUGAAAAGACUCACAUAAAUAUUGACCAAUCACAAACAAAGUUCAAAUAUUGAACUCACCAAAGUGAGGCUGGAUGCUUGUGUGACCAGAGCCUCCUUGUUGUGUCCUCACUUCUAUUACAACAGGCUCUGGCACCCAGGGUAGAUUGAAUGCCACUCAAAUUUAAAUGUUUUCCCUGCAGAUAGAUAUAUGUGUGUUAUCAUUGAUGGAAUGGACCAAAUGAAGCUUAUGAUACCUCAAUUGGUUAAUCAGAUGAAAUCGUUUUCAAGUGCUUGGCGAUUGAAAAUACACCUCACAGGAGUGCUUAAUCAUGGAAGGGAAGCAAUUGGGUAUUUCGAUAUGCAUCAAUGGCCACACGAUAGCAACCUGACCAUGAAUGUGCUGCUACAGGUGUUGGUACGAAUGGAAUGUGUACCAGACAUCUUAUACAUUCAAAUGGAUAACUGUUGGCGCGAGAAUAAAAAUCAACAUGUAUUUGCAUUCCUUGGUGUCCUAGUAGCUUUGGAAAUAUUCAAGAAG